UAUAAUCUAACUACCAAGAUGGCUGCUAUCAAAUCAAAACAAAUGCAUGACCCAUUUUCCAAUUCAGCCCCAGGUGCAGAACCUCUGGCCUCGGAUACUACUGAUCUAUUAUCAAACAGGGCUGAAAUAUUCCGUUCCAAACUGAUUGAGGAUUUUCAUUUGUUGGACAGUAUCAACGAUAAGGGACAUCUAGAAGCUCCAAAGUACUAUUCAAAUGAAAUUUCGGAAGAUUCAACUGCUAUGAACAAAAUGCUCAAAGAAGGGCCGCAUAGCCUAGUCAAGUUUAUCGUAUAUAAUACUAAAGACAAGGUCGGCUUGACUCAAUCAGAUCGUCGAGCAAACAGAGUGAAAAACAAAAACGCAAGAAUAAUUCGUCCCGAAAUAUUUGCCCAUAGAAUUUUACAGACAACGAUGUUUAGAAACAUGAUGCUGGUUCUAAUCCUUUUAAACUCAGUUAUUCUUGGUAUUCAGGCUGAAGUUAAAGAUUUGGCUUCAGAAGGUGCUAUCGGAACUUUCAAACUUAUGAUGAAUAUCAUCGAUUACGUCACUUUGUUUGUAUUUGUUAUCGAAAUAGUCUUAAAAUGGAUAGACGACUUUUGGGACUUCUGGAAAAGUGGAUGGAAUAUAUUUGACUUUAUCGUGACAUUUCUCUCUUUCCUCCCUGAAAUAAUUAAGUUUUCCAAAACACCAGGAAGCGAUACGGACGGCAUUGCUGUCAUUGCUGAGAAUCUGAGAGUAUUUCGUAUUCUUAGAUCUUUGAAAAUGGUCAAUCGAUUCCGUCAAGUUCGACUGAUUGCGUUAGCUGUGGCGAAAGCAUUUCAGGCGAUGGCGUCCAUUACGAUUCUCCUUCUCACCUUCGCGUACAUCUUUGCCAUUGGAGGAGUGAUAUUCUUCGAUCAAUACACACACAGCAACCGCGAUGAUCUUGAAUAUAAGCAGAGUUUUAGCACAAUACCCCAUUGUUUGAUCACGUUAUUCCAGCUACUGACUCUUGACCAUUGGUACGAUAUCAUGUCUGAUAUUACAAAAGUAGCCGACCCAGCAUUCUCCGCGUUCUACAUUAUUGUUUGGAUUUGUAUUGGCUCGUUCAUCUUCAGAAACAUCUUCGUCGGCAUAAUGGUGAACAACUUUCAAAGUAUAAGAAACGAUCUCGUGCAAGAAGUCAAAGAAUUAGAAAAUGUAAAACAAGAUGUCAUGAAGAUGGAAAAAUUCAACGAAGUACUGAAUAAACAAGCCGACAGGAGACAGAGUAACACCAUAUCGGGGCAUGUUUUGGACAUCCGCCAAAGCUCCAUGUUACAAUUGCAACCCAUGCCCUACUCUUCGAUCAGUCUAGGAUUACCAGGAAUGAAUGUAAUACCUACAGAACAAUCGCGUCACUCGAUGACUAUAAACGACAGGGCAGCUCUGAUGCUACAGAGUUCCCAACACUUAAAUGUAGCCCCCAGUGGAGUGAUAGACAUUGACACAAAUGAACUGACAAGAGCUGUAAGUGAACAAGUGAUACAAGAGGCCCAAGACGGCAUGACCUGGCAAGAGGUCGUAGAAGAUAAUAUGACUACGAUUGCAAAGAAAACAGCCCCAACUAUUUGGCCUCGUGAUACGCUAUUUAGAUACUUCUUACUCAUGGAAGCCCUACAAGAAAAUCUCCAGGAGCGAUCGCUCAUGCUAGAUAUACUUUCGAAAUCAAUCGCCAGUUUCCAUGAUACAUAAUAACUCACAUAUAACCGGGAAGAGUCCAGCUCUGUGUGGCUAAAAUGAUAAAACGAUAAUUAGACUCGUAAAUUUGACAUUAUUAUGAAGUUUUAAGAUCAUCUGAGGAGUUGAAGUAAACCAUGUCUGAUAACUUGAACAGAUUUUACUUAUAAAGAUAUAUCACCGACCGAAACGAAUUUUAAUGUACUAGUACAAGAAUAAUCAUUCUUGUUGGCGUAUUUCAUUCAUUUUUUGGCGAGGAGCAAUGAGAAAAUACCAACAAUCAAAAUAAUUAAAACUAUGGUCUUCGAUUACCGUUUUUGAUCUUCACAUUUGUUAAAAUACCAUCCAAGUUAUAUAUUAGUCAAAUGUAUUGCGGGUUAUGGUAAUGAUAUUUUUCAUAUUUGGGAUUAUAUAAAAAGAAAUCGAAUAGAAACAAUAAAGAAGGAGAGCUGACAAGGACGAAUGAUUUUUCUAUCUUUCAGAUUAUUACUUCAUUUCUUAUGAAUUCAUUUCGUAUCUUAUCGUGUGAGGUCGAUUUAGAUCUGAAAUUGCAAAACUGCUCUACAUGCCAUAAAUCAUAAAUAUAAAGAUAACUCGCUUCUCUGGAUUCUUUGUCAUCUUUAUGAUAGCUCUGUUUCAAAGAAAGUUAACCAAUACAGAGAAACAGCCGACUUCUGAUGCUAUUAUUACAACAUUUAGACUGGAAUACACAAUUAUUAAUGUUAUUUAUAUUGCUGAACAUGGGCUCAUCACUUCCUUAAGUGGCAUUCAUUUUUACAGGCGUUCGUUCAAUUCACUAUUUACGAGAGUUACGUUUUCAUUGUCG